AUGGUUUUAGUUCAAGAUUUGUUGCACCCCUCCGCCGAAACUGAAGCGAAGAAACACAAGAAGAAGACCCUUGUGCAAGGCCCCAAGUCCUUCUUCAUGGAUGUCAAGUGCCCCGGCUGCCUCCAGAUCACCACCGUGUUCUCGAACGCCCAGACCGCCGUCACCUGUGACUCGUGCUCGACUGUGUUGUGCACUCCCACCGGUGGUAAGGCCAAGUUGACCGAAGGCUGCUCGUUCAGAAAGAAGUAA